CGUAGGCGGACCUUAUAAAUUCAGGUGUUGAUAUUUUCUUGAGUAGAAGCUCUUUUGCGAAUUAACGAAUUAUUUCAAUGUAACUUUUGUAUGGUAGUGUGUGAAACACAGUUAAUUAUUGAAACAAAUUAUAUUUGUGUAGUUUGUUGCUAGACUAUUUUGUUUCCCGAAAUCCACGUGUCUCACCACAGAACAAUCUUUGGUCUCAUUGUGCAGUAGGACAUGGAUAGGAACAACAUUUCCUUGCUCUGCUAUGUUGCAACGUGUACACCCGGGGCGUCGUCAUUACGCCAUUCUGUUGCAAAACGUUUCUUAAACAGAAUGAAACGAGGCGGGACCAACCUUAAUUUGUCCAAUAGAAACUCUCGUUUUAGUUGCUAAACGUUCUGCAACUGUUUAGACUAAUGAUUACACCCCUGCUAGCAGUGAGCAGCAAUGUUGCUCUGUUAUUAGCCAGCGUCAAGCCAAAGCUUUGCCAAUGUAAUAAGAACAUUGGCACGGCAUUUCACGUUCAGUAACCAAAGGCUUAAUGUGAUAUUUCGAGGAAGAAUAUGACAAGAACAUCAGUUGGACAUCAAAAUAAUCCGACUGCAAAAGGAGAGAGCCAGGAAUAAUGGAGAAGUUCGGUUGUAGAAUCACGACGACAUUCUCUGUUUCAUGAGGAGCUACUGUCAAAAUCGGGGGAAUAGCAUAACUCUAUUUUUCUGUGAAAUCUUGAAGCUGUCGUCAUUUGCAACCUCAAAAAUGAUGUAUUCAUCAAGAAGGAAACCAGUCCUCUAUUUCAAAGAAGACAGAAGAUUCUGGUCUGGGAAAUGCACAGUCUACAAACUAUUUGGUCUGUGUAUGGUGCUGGUGCUGGUCUCCCUCCUAUGGCUCCAACUCAGCUGUACAGGAGACAUGAGCCGGGUUGUAGUGGAUGACGGACGCAUCCCCCAUCAGCCUUGUCCCCUGGAGAGACAGGCAUCCGCUGCGGACGACCCUUCCUGGGGUCCUCACAAGCUGGCCCUCCUGAUACCUUUUAGGGAGAGAUUUGAGGAGCUGCUGGUGUUUGUCCCCUUCAUGCACACCUUCUUGAACAACAAGAAGAUACUGCAUAAGAUCUUCGUAAUUAACCAGAUAGAUCACUAUCGGUUCAACAGAGCCUCUCUCAUUAACGUUGGUUACACGGAGAGUGGUAACGACACUGAUUACAUCGCCAUGCAUGAUGUGGACUUGUUACCUCUGAAUGAAGCUCUGGACUAUGGUUUCCCAGAGGAGGGCCCUUUCCACGUGGCCUCACCGGAGCUGCACCCCCUGUAUCACUACAAGACAUACGUGGGAGGAAUCCUGCUGCUCACCAAACAGCAUUAUCACAUGUGCAACGGUAUGUCCAACCGGUUCUGGGGAUGGGGGAGAGAAGACGAUGAAUUCUACAGGAGACUAAGAAGUGCUGGAUUACAGCUCUUCAGGCCCAGUGGGAUAAAAACAGGGUAUAAAACCUUUCGCCACAUCCAUGACCCUGCCUGGAGGAAGAGAGACCAGAAGAGAGUGGCUGCACAGAAACAGGAACAAUUCAAGGUUGACCCUGAGGGCGGGCUGACUAACUUGCAGUACAAGGUGGAUUCGAGACAGGAGCUGACUAUUAGUGGAGCCCCUGUCACUGUCCUCCACACCAAACUGGAGUGUGACACAGACAAGACUCCCUGGUGUCUGUUGAACUAAGAGGAGCCCAAUGAUAGACCCAUGCUGCCUCUCAUCUGGGUUAUGUUCAUUAUCCACCAAACGGAAUAAAACAGACUAAAACAGGGAGGGACUACCUGAGCUUCUGGAAUGAGAAACACUUGUUUUUGAGUGGCCUAAUGAAUAUGACCCUGGUGCUACAGAGGGGUGAUGUCUCCCCUACCUGAUGUGUCUGGAAGACAUGGAUAAAAAAUAAAAUGUAGAUUAUUAUUUUAAAAAUGUAUCAAACAACCACAUCAGAAGACAUGGGUGCCAUCUUCUGGACGAUCCAGAGAAGAGGCUUUGGCCUUUGACCUCAGCAACACCUUCCCUCAUUGGAGAGAUGGAAUGUAUUUAUAUUGAACUAGCUAUAUGAUGUCAUCCUUUAGAACUGUAUGUCUAACUUUCAUUCAGAACUGUGAGUGACUGGAUCUGUGAGUGACUGGAUCUGUGAGUGACUGGAUCUGUGAGUGACUGGAUCUGUGAGUGACUGGAUCUGUGAGUGACUGGAUCUGUGAGUGACUGGAUCUGUGAGUGACUGGAUCUGUGAGUGACUGGAUCUGUGAGUGACUGGAUCUGUGAGUGACUGGAUUUGUGAGUGACUGGAUCUGUGAGUGACUGGAUCCGUGAGUGACUGGAUCUCAUGCAGGCCUAACUUCAGGGGCUUUGAACUACAGACACUUUACCAAUAUUGACGAUACAUGAAAGGAAAGGUGUACUGAAAUAAUAAGCAAUGGCCUUUGUAUCUGUUUGUUUGUUUAUUUAUUUUUACCCUUAUUUUACUUGGUAAGUUGACUGAGAACACAUUCUCAUUUACAGCAAUGACCUGGGGAAUAGUUACAGGAGAGAGGAGGGGGGAUGAAUGAGUUAAUUGGAAACUGGGGAUGAUUAUGUGGCCAUGAUGGUUUGAGGGCCAGAUUGGGAAUUUAGCCAGGACACCGGGGUUAACACCCCUACUCUUACAAUAAGUGCCGUGGGAUCUUUAAUGACCUCAGAGAGUCAGGACAACCGUUUAACGUCCCAUCCGAAAGACGGCACCCUACACAGGGCAAUGUCCCCAAUCACUGCCCUUGGACAUUGGGAUUUUCUUUUUAAACCAGAGGAAAGUGUACCUUCUACUGGACCUCCAACACCACUUCCAGCAGCAUCUGGGCUGGACCAACACUGCUUAGCUUCAGAGGCCAGCCAGCAGUGGGAUGUAGGGAUGGUUUGCUGCUGGGGUGUGAUCCCGAUGGACCAUUUGCACUUUUCAGGAAUCCCUCCUCUGUCCUUCAGCUAAAGUCUGCUAUACUUAAUAUAUUAUCAUCAGAGUUAGUUUACUAUGAAAGGGUUUUCUUUCCGACAUUGUAAUGCACCGGAUUGGCAUGCCACCUCCAUGAUCCGUAGCGCUGUAUUCUUAUCCGGUAUCCAUUGUAACCCAUCAUGUGCUCAACUGGUAGUGAGUUGAGUGUCCGGGGGCCAUUUUGACUUUGUUGGUGAUGGUAAAACAGUAAAGGUUUACAACUGUGCUAUAGAAGGUUAUCAGAGACCGACUAGACAUUAUGAAGGUAUUUUGGGGUAAAUUAAGGUGUGUUUACAACAUACUGCUGGAAUGUAUUUUUGAAUGACUAGACAAGUCAAUGGUAUCGUAAAUGUAUUUGUACAAUAUUCAGUAUGUAUAUGAAGUUAUGACUCAAAAACAUGGGAAAAGCAUGCAUUGUCAUUUUUUUCCCUAAUUUAUAAAGGUCUUCAUUGUACAUAAUGUGGUUAACAACACAUCUGUAUUGUAUUUUCAAUACUUAACAUCAUCUAUUUGAUCUGUUUGAAGUUCUGACAGAAGACCGUUGUACCUGAGCUUUGUUAUGUUGACAUCUCUCACUAUAAUUGGGAAAAAAAGAUACAGCAUUUGUUGCACUUGAUAUCUACUCAAGAAAUGCAUAUUAGUGAACUGAUGCUACUUUGAUUUGAGAGUGUAAAUGAAGGUGUGUAACUAGCCUGUCAUUCCACGUGUGACUUUAAUCUUACUGAUCCUGUAAACAGACAGUAAUGAGGACUUUCACACACGUUUGAAGUCAACCCCUGCAUUGUCCCACUGGUUUAUAGACAAGCCUAAUUUUGAAUCCACUAGAAAUGCAAAAACAGAUACUUGUACCACUACCAAGAAGUCUACAAUAUACUGUGUCUGUAAUUUAGCAUAUGACAUAAGUUUAUAAAAGUCUGCUCAAGACUGCAGAAGUUAUGCCUA